AUGCCCAACUGGAAGUCGUACGAGAGCUCUGUUCGCCUUCUUUCGGCCAUCCUUGCCGCUCACCCCGGUCUGAAGCUAGACUAUAACGAGGUCGCCCGUUUCUGGGGAGAUGGAGUUAAAUACAAAUCUUGUUGGGACAGAUGCAGUCUCAUGCACAAGAACGCCAAGCUCCUGAGAGAUGCAGUCGAGGCUGGCCUCGAUCCCUUCAAAGUUGAAUUGAUCGAUGCUCCUUCCAAAGUCCAAGACAUUGCUGCUAGGUUCGGUAGUGACUGCACUGCAUCUGCUCUCGAGAAUCGAUUCCGCCCUCUCAAGAGAGAUGCCAAGUUGAUCAAUGACUCGAUUGCCAAGGGCAUUGAUCCGAAGACGCUUCCCAUUGGCGCUGAAACAAAAGGGGCUGGUUUUCCGAAAGGUGUCCGGCGUGUUUCCCCAAAUACUUCAAAGCACUUUACACAUUUCCUUACGUUUUGGGAUUUUGAACAGCACUCCUCAAAGAAGAAGUCUUUAUUGAUAUGUAGUGCAGAGAUUGCUAGAUAUUUUGGGUCUGAUGCCACCAAAUCCGCCAUUGAAAGUGUCUGGAAGCGACAAGUCCGCCCAGGUGUCAAGGCCAUCACCGAUGCCUUGGAUCAAGGUGGCGAUCCCAAGGAUGUUAACCUUUUGGGUACUUUCUGGACUGGCGGAAAGGGAGCCUCGGAGAUCGCCAAGUGCUAUGGCACCAACUGCACGAAGUUUGGUCUCGACAAUCAUUUCAAGAGAGACAUCCGACCCAACGUUAAGUCUAUUCGCGACGCUCUCGCUCGUGGCGAUGAUCCUAAGGAUCUUACCAUGAUGGAGAAUGUUCGGGACGGCAAAAUCGGCAAGGAGAUUGUCAAAUUCUACGGAAGCCGCCUCACGAAGCCGAGUCUCAUGCACCAUUUGGGUCGUGAUAUCAGUCCUAAUACCAAGCUCUUGAAGGAAGCUGUCGGCCGAGGUGAAGAUCCCGAUUCGGUGAUCUUGAUCGAAGGUGUCAGAUCUGAUAGAGCUGGAAAGGAAAUUGCCAAGUGCUUUGACCUUGAGCUCAAGUCUGGUGCUCUCCAAAAGCACUUCGUUCGCAAUAUCACACCUAAUGUCAAGCUCGUCCAAGAGGCUCGCGCCCGAGGUGAAAAUCCAGUUGGCGUCAUCCUGAUCGAGAACGUUCGAGAUGGCAAGCCGGGAAAGCGUGGUUUGUCAAUGUCGGCAGUAUCUGAAGCCGCUAUUGGUAUUCCUGCAGAGAUCGCUCGUUGCUUCGGCAAAUCGGCAACAGCCAAAUCCAUCAUGAAUAUCUUCGACCGCACUGUCAGACCUGAUGUCAAGCUCAUUCUGGAGACCUUGAAGGCCGGUGGCGAUCCCGAGAAAAUCUCCCUGGCUGGUAUUGCAAAGAUCAGCGGUGGUUCCAAGGAAAUCGCUAGGUGCCUUGAUCCCGAGCUCAAGCCUGGCACUCUUAAUCAACACUUUAACCGCAACAUCAACCCCAAUGUCAAGCUCAUCAAAGACGCUCUCGCCAAAGGCAAAAGCCCAAUGGGUGUCACUUUGUGUUUCGGAUCCGAUGCGACAGCUGGUGGCAUCAAGUUCCAGUUUGCGACUCGUAUCAAGGCCGAUGUCAACCUCAUCAAGAAUGCUCGAGCAAAUGGCAUUGACUGCAAGGGCAUCAUGCUUAGCGGAGCAAACGAGGGUUCGAACUGUGGCAAUGAGAUUUCGAGCAUCAUGGGCAGUGAUACCACACCCAAUGGCAUCAAGUUCCAGUUCACGGAUCGCUUCCGGCCUAUUGCCAAGCGCCAGUUGGACAUGAAGGCGGCGGGCCUAGAUCCAAAGGACGUCAAUCUUGACAGUGUCAAGGGCAAGGGAGCUCAGGGUCAGGGAGUUCUUGAUACACUUUCCAUUGCACGCUUUCCUUGCCAGCACGAUUUUUUUAUAUCAGCAAGUACUUCGGCAGCGACAGCACCGCAGGUGGCACACAAGAUGGCGAAGUUCAUCGGUAGUGACUGCACUAAGGGUGCUUUGGAAUGGCAGUUCCGCCGUUACAAAGCAGGUGCAAAGUUGCAGAUGGCUGCUGUGGCAGCAGGCCAAGACCCGAAGAAUAUCAAUGUUGAUGUCAAUCCUCAGGGCAAGCCGGAUGGCAAGGGUUCUGGUGGAACGAACUCCAUCGCUCGUGAAUACGGCGAGGGCGUUACAGGUAAAGCUGUCUCCACAUACUUUGAGCGCGCACGUAAGGAUCCAAGUUGGAACCGAGCUAACACUACAGAAGAGAAUGGUUCCGCGAAAAAGAACCAAACGCCAAGAAAGCGCAAGGCGCCCGCUAAGAAGAUGAAGGACGAGGGAGACGACGAUGAGGAGGAUACCGGCAGCAACUUUGAUGAGACUCCGACAAAGAAGAAGGCCACUCUCCACAAGGUCCAGAGCGGCCGUGUUAAGAAGCCAUCCCCCCGUUCCCGUGUUGUUCCAUCUUCAUAUGCUGAGCUUUCGGAGAAUGACGAAGAGGAUGGAGCGGUCAACGAGGAGUCCAUGGAGAACGGCUCUGAUGGAUUCGUCGACAAUGGCUAUCACAAUGGUAACGGCAAUGGCAACGCUGAUGACGGUAUGAAUGGCUAUGAUGACCAGGAGGGCCUCUACUACGACGUCGAAGAGGAAGCUUAA